AUGCCCCUUAGCCGUAUGGUGAGGACCCGCCUACGCUUCAAGCUGCAUGUGGUAAGAAGACGGUUACGUAAGCGGAGAGUGAUACAAGCAGUUCCAAAGUUGGACGCAAAGAAUUUGCGGUCGUGUUCUUUGUUUGCUAAAUGGCCUUUAGAGGCCCUGUCCGAUCUACGCCGGCGGAUGUUGUGGGAAGUCCACCUUAAAGGGGAGACGAUCCUGUAUGGCGGGGAGCCGUGUAGCGUGUCGUCGUUGUUUUGGAUCGCAUCGGGAAGACUCUCGGAGGUGCCGAACAGGCGUGAGAAAAGUGGGACAAGGCGGCCUUCAAAUAAGGAGGAGGAGGGUGUGGCUUCCAUGGAGACGGUUGGGUCCGCAGAGCACUCCUCUGUUUCUCCGCACGUCGAGUUUGACCAAACUCUCGACACCUUCAGCGCUGGCCAGUUUGCUGCGGGAGAGCGUCUUUUUCUAGGCGCGACUUAUCAUAGAACCAUGCGCUGUGAGAGUGACGUCACAGGCUUUGCUGUGAGUUUCCGCACCGUUCAAAAAAUACAGAAAAAAUGGGGUGUGCCACGCGAGGCCUCUGUAUCCGCAGCGAAAGAAAUUGUGAAGAAGCAGAUGUUGAGAAGAGACGAAAAACCUUUGCUGAAACUCGCCCUGUUUAAAAAUCGAGUUUUGCGGGGCCUCGAUGCCACAACACUGCGUAUCAUUUGGGUCCUUCUCUCCCCCAUGGUAGUGUGCGCCAAUGAAUUAAUCUGUGCCGACAUUUUUGACGCGGAAAACAUUAGUUUCAUUCAGUCCGGGGAUGUGCGUGUGGGGUUCAAGCGGGGUCAACAAAAAGAAAUAAUUCUCUCUUGUGGUAGCGCCGUUGGAUUACAGAGCUUUGCGCCGUCUGAAAUGCCCCGUGGUCGUGGAGAAGGGCAUACGGCAGCCGUGGCUGUCACCUUUUCUCAAUUAUGGAGCGUUGGACGGAAGGCGUUCUCGGAAAUGGUGAGCGAAAGGGAGUGGGAAAAAUGUGCGGCAAUUGCUCUGAGGACGAUAUAUUUUCAUGUAGACGAUGAGAUGCUGAGAAAGGUUGCGAUAUUCUCAUUACUUCCCAGAUCCAAGAUUAUGGCACUUGCAAAACGGGCGGAAUUACGCUUCGUUCGCGGUGAUGAGUAUAUACUGCCCCCUUGGAAGCGACCACAAGAAGCCAUCGUGGUCUUGGUAGGCACCGUGUAUUUUACGCAGAAGACUCCUGCCGAGGAAGCAUUGAAUAAUGGAAAGAUGGACAGAAUUAGAAUUCCUUGUGGUUAUCCUGUGGCAUUUGCCGAGUGUGUUGCGAGAAUGCCAUUGAAGUCCGGCGUGUUUGCCGCGACAGGCGCUCUCAUCGUUAGCCUAACGCGUCGCGCCAUGUUGGAGAGUCUUUCGGAAAAUGCCGCCGGAAAUGACAUUGAGCCCGUGGUUUUAGAAGCAGCGAUGAAUCAAUUAAAUGUCUCGCCCUCCUCUCGCAGUGCGACGCGCAUCGUUAAUAAGGCCCAGGAAGAGGCUUUGCAAGACAUGCGGAAUUAUUCACGGCCACAAAAUGGCAACCUGCCGCCAUGGAAGAAUGAGCUCCAGGACCUGUGCUCUCCCAAUGAUGAUGUAGGUGAAAUGAUUGAGCUCCAUACCCAGGUGCUAUCAACCCUCGCCCUGCAGGUGCAUAAACUUCGCCCAAACAUGGAGAAGGCAGGUCGUGUGGGAGUUCACUACGACAAUGCGUCCCGCAUCGCUAUGAAGAAAAUAUCGACCAACGAGUCGCCAAGUUGUCACCGAUCGCGAUCCUGUUUUACUAUUGACAAAAAAGGCCGUGUUAUGUUUUGCAGCAAAGGAGCUAUCGCAGAGAGGAAAACGAUGGGCCGUGUGCAGCCAACUGAUGUGCUAAGCGGGACGGAAGGAAAUAGGGAAAUCCCAAGACAGGCGUUGCCAAUUUGUUUGCCAGUCAAGAAUGGUCUUUCAAAAGCAUCCCAAAAACUUCCGUCCUUUUCAGCCCUGCGAUGCGCCCCAAGCGAGAAACUUGCUGCCGUCGUGGGUCAUUCUCCGGUGUCUCAGAAGGUGAUGGAACUUCGGCACGAGGGGAAACGGCUAAAAGAUGAAGCCGAAAGCAAUUGUAUUCUCCCAUUGGAUUGUUUUUUGCCCAAUCAGCGGCACAAUAACCCACACAAAUAUAUAUAA